AUGUGUUCCUUCUUAUCCUUCUCCAGCUUGAUGCUGCUGAUCUUUCUCUUUCUCUCCUCCCUACAACCCGCUGCAACUCAUCCUCAUGGCUUCAAUGAUUCCCACCUAGGUCUCGCAGGUCGAGAUGGGCCAGCUCAGACAACCAAGUAUCCUAUCCCAGCCAAGGCGAGAAUCAGCUCUGUCUACGCAAAUUCAGCCACUCCUUGUUCUGGCGCCCAUUGCACUGUUGCCACUCCUCUCCCCGGAAGCCUACCUUGUAACGCUGUAAAUGGGUCAACCUUUCUCGACGUCGUUCCCGACGGCACCAAGUACACGCUGAUCUGCGAUGUGGACUUCCCUGCUCAAAACAUCUACCCCUUCGUUCUGGCUGGUUCCUUCGACGCGUGUUUGGCACAGUGCGAGGCCUACAAUAUGAAGAAUCUGACCGACAUCCACUGCGCCGGGUUUGUCUUUGCACCGGACCGCAUCAAUGACGCAGACGACUGCUACUUGAAGUCCUCCUUGGACAAUCCGAGCUCAGCAACAAUCCACAUCGUGGGUGCGACAGUCAUUCCUUCGGCUUCUGGUUGCUCUUCGCCAACAGCGUCCCCUGCUUUUCUGACUCCUCGUUCCAACCUCGACGGCUCCACGCCCUCGCUUCGUGUAGGAGACUUCAAAAUGCUCGGUAGCUCCACAAACAAGCCUACAACUCAAUACGUGAGCCAUGUGCCCGCCAGCCCACAGAAGCUCGCGAGCAGCCUCUUGGUCCCUGGAAUUAACACCGACCUCAUCACACAAUACCCAAUAGCUGACGAUACGGGUUCAUGGACCUCAAGCCAGUUGCAGGUCGAUGCAACGUUGGCCAACAUGAAGGUUGUACCCCAUAUGUCUCGUGAUGGUGGAAAAGGAGGCGUUAUCAAUGGGACUCACCUUUUUAUCUUCUGUGACACCGCCAGUUUCCAGAUCGAUCAGACCUCAGGCACCAGCCAGAUGGUGGGCUUUGUGUCCAGCUCCGUAGCCACAGACGACGGAAUGAAAGCUUUGUAUGGCCAGUCACUUGAUCUUGUGGACAACGUUGGCGAGUGGCAGGACGACGUUGGCAGAAUGCGAGGGUUUGCUCCGAUGACGACCGGAGAAGAAUCAUUCAACAUUGAUCUGUCAGGGAAUGGUUAUCGCUAUGCGGUCUGGCCUGAAUCUUCCCUGAUACCGCUCAACGCAAGUCAUGCUUUGCUUUAUCCGGCACUGGUGUAUGAUGUUGUGGAUAUGAAAACACAGGCAGCAGUCUUCAACAAUGUUGGCAACUCCAUUCUUGUCGUCUCUGUGGAUCCAACAUAUGGUCCAUCCGCCGACCGUAUUGUUCGACAGCUCUACAAUCAACACCAGGUCGCGUUCGGGACUUUGGGUGGCAUCCGUUCUUGGGGUUCCUCUGGGACAAGCGGCAAUGACGGCCACAUCUAUCUCUUUGGAAAAGGCGACAAUGGUGUCCUAGUCGCGAGGACAAAUCCAACUGGAUACACCGACUUGUCAAGCUAUGACUACUGGAACGGCAGUUCCUGGUCCAAAGAUCUACCCUCGUCGAACUCAAACGCUGUUAUGCUCGAUGUCUUGGUCCAAGAUCUCGAUGUCAUCUAUGUCCCCGCCUUGCGAAGUUUCGUCAUGGUUUACCUCAACACUCUGGCUGACGAUACCUUCUAUUACCGAUAUUUGGACCUCGAUUUGAACGCGGACGAUAAGGACUUCGACGUUGAGAAUAUCGUCAAGGCCAAGUGGUCUGACGAGCAAGUCCUAGCCAAAGUCGAUGCUCCUGCCCAGGGCUAUAUCUACGCUGGCGGCGUGCAUGCAGGAUACUUCGGCGCAGACGACGUGGCCAAUGGAGGAUGGAAAAUGCUGAUUACUUGGACUGAACAUACAGGCAAAGACGCCGCGUCUCCGGACUCAGGCUAUGCACACAAAUCUGCGGGCAGCCUUCGUCACGAAUUCCUCAACCCUACUUUAAAAUUCUCAGCCCUGUCAUACGAGUGGGGCAGCCUCGAGCCAGGACUGUGUGAGAUCUACAUUGAUGACAUGCGAUACCACGUUCACCACAAUCUCCAUCGUUUUUUGACGACUCUCCUCAAUAUCAAUCCUGCAGAUGGGUACAAGAACCUCUGGGUCGAUGCCAUUUGCAUUGACCAGCAGGAGACUACAGAGAAAAACCAUCAAGUGCAGCAGAUGAAGAAAAUAUAUCAGACGGCUGCCAAUGUUUUGGUCUGGCUGGGGCCUUCAGCUAAUGGAAGUGAUGAGCUGUUUGAUUUUCUGCAAGAUAUGUGCAUUCCAAACUCAGCGGAAGAUGCUCUCCGGUCCGUCUCACAGUUGACCUGGGAGGAAUGGAAACCCUAUCAAAACAAAGUGUUUCAAGCCAAAAUUGCUGUGUGGAAAGCCUGUGAGGCAUUAUGCAAGCGCACUUACUGGACCAGGACGUGGAUCCUCCAGGAGAUAUUACUUGCAAAGCAGCCAUUGCUUUUCUGCGGCAACAAAACGGUUCCCUGGCAAGCAUGGGCCUUCGUACUGGAUACGCUCGACAAAAAUCCGGUUCGUUUUAUUGCGCAAUGGGCACCAGACAUUUGGGGAUCGCCCGCCAUGUCUCUUUCCCAACAAUGGUUCGCAUCGAUUGAGCAAGGCCAACCAGAGAAUCUAUUCCGGCUGAUUCAGGCAUUCAGACAGUGUAGAUGUUCCGUUCUUCAUGACAAAGUUUACGGCGUCCUUGGACUGCUCCCAGGCGAAUCUACAAUACUUGUUGACUACCGCCGUGAGAUUGAGGACUUGUUCCUUGAUCUGUUAGAAGCGAUGGCUCCUGACACCCUCAUCUCAGAUAUUGGAGGAGUACGAGAAUUGUUGGACAUCAACUUAUCCUCCGCCCAACUGGCUUUGGAUUGUGUAUACGUCGGAAACUGCCCGAUUAUCCAAUGUUCCACUGCGUCAAAAAUCGAUGCGACGACACGAGGCGCCAAGAUGGCUGGAAUCAUUUCGUCCGGAGAAUACUCGAGACAUUCUCGGUGGCGUGAUCAGCUGAAAUGUCAACCACUAAACUGGAGAGUCAAGAGUCCCUACAAGAUACCGGACCAGUCGGACAUCGACGCGGUGUCAGAAGAAUUGGACCUCUAUACCAAACGGAAAGGCUACAGCAAGCGGUUCCUCAAGAUCAAUCUCUUGACGCAUGCACGCAACGGGAUGGUGAUGAAAUGCAAGCGCCCCAGAUGUCAUGCCAAGCUCAACACAGAUGCUCUUGGGGCAAAACUCUUCAAAGUGCUCUCAGCCUUAUCCUACCGGGACCAAGUCCGAGAUCUCGAAGAUAAUUCGGCAGCGUUGCUCUUUCGCGAGCUUGCCAGGAAGGAGACAUAUUUCGGAACACUAGUCGAGGUGAGGGAAACUUCGAAAAUGCUCUUGUUUUACGAUCCCGUGACCGUGGAAGAAAUAGAAACCGCAGGUUCUGUACAAGGACGGCUGGCGAGAACCUUCAAUUUGCUAGCUCAUCAACACUCGAGCCUCUCGUCGGAUUCAGUCUCUCCUCUUGCCGAAUGCAGGACAAAUUUCUAG